GGCGCGGGCGCGAGGCCGUGCCUUCCCCCACAGGCCGGGGGUACCACACAGCCCUUCCGCAGUACCCCGGCCCGGGGGAUGCCCCUGGGGUGGGGGCGGGGCCCCCAGGGCCGCGCACCCAAGGUCUGGCACGUCACCAUGCCGGAUCCCGGCGAUGUGCGGAAACCCAAAUGUAAGAGAGAGAGGAGGAAGAAUGGAGGCCGGGAGACCCCGGCGGGGGGCACGAGGGGACGGGCGCGCGCCGUGCCCGGCGGAGAUGGAUGGCCUUCUGAACCUGCGCGGCCCUCCAAGGCGGCGCGGUCCAGGGUCCCAGCCCUCACCUCCCCUCGGCCCCUGGUCACCCCUGUCCCUCCCCCACCUCAGGAUGCGGCUGGGCCGCCGGGCCCUCUAUGCGCUAGUCCUGCUGCUCGCCUGCGCCUCGCUGGGACUCCUGUACGCCAGCACCCGAGACGCGCCAGGUCUCCCCAACCCUCUGGCCUUGUGGUCGCCCCCACAAAGCCCCCCGAGGCUCGACCUGCUAGACCUUGCCCCUGAGCCCCGCUACGCACACAUCCCGGUCAGGAUCAAGGAGCGAGUGGUGGGGCUGCUGGCUCAGAAGAAUUGCAGUUGUGAGUCCAGGGGAGGGCGCUUGGCCUUGCCAUUCCAGAGACAGGUUCGGGCGGUUGACCUCACUAAAGCCUUCAACCCUGAGGAGUUGAGGGCCGUUUCUGUCGCCAGGGAGCAGGAAUACCAGGCCUUCCUUGCCAGGACUCAGUCCCUGGCUGACCAGCUGCUCAUAGCUCCUGCCAACUCCCCCUUGCAGUAUCCCGUGCAGGGUGUGGAGGUUCAGCCUCUCAGGAGCAUCCUGGUGCCAGGGCUAAGCCUGCAAGAAGCUUCUGUUCAAGAGGUCUAUCAGGUGAACCUGACCGCCUCCCUAGGCACCUGGGACGUGGCAGGGGAAGUGUCUGGAGUGACCCUGACCGGAGAGGGGCAGCCAGACCUCACCCUCACCAGCCCAGGUCUGGAUAAACUCAACCGGCAGCUGCAACUGGUCACUUACAGCAGCCGAAGCUAUCAGGCCAACACGGCAGACACAGUCCGCUUCUCCACCAAGGGGCAUGAAGUUGCCUUCACCAUCCGCAUAAGACACCCUCCCAACCCCCGGCUGUACCCACCUUCAUCUCUACCCCAGGGAGCCCAGUACAACAUCAGUGCUCUGGUUACCAUCGCCACCAAGACCUUUCUUCGCUAUGAUCGGCUACGGGCACUCAUUGCCAGCAUCCGACGCUUUUACCCUACGGUCACCAUAGUCAUCGCUGACGACAGCGACCAGCCCGAGCGCAUUAGCGACCCCUACGUGGAGCACUAUCUCAUGCCCUUCGGCAAGGGCUGGUUUGCAGGGCGGAACCUGGCCGUGUCCCAGGUGACCACCAAAUACGUGCUGUGGGUAGACGACGACUUCGUGUUCACGGCGCGCACGCGGCUGGAGAAGCUGGUGGACGUGCUGGAGAGGACGCCUUUGGACCUGGUAGGGGGCGCCGUGCGGGAGAUCUCGGGCUUCGCUACCACCUACCGGCAGCUGCUGAGCGUGGAGCCGGGCGCCCCAGGCCUUGGGGGCUGCUUCCGGCAGAAGCGCGGCUUCCACCACGAGCUCGUCGGCUUCCCAAGCUGCGUGGUCACCGACGGCGUGGUCAACUUCUUCCUGGCGCGCACGGACAAAGUGCGUGAGGUGGGCUUCGACCCUCGCCUCAGCCGGGUGGCACAUCUGGAAUUCUUCCUGGAUGGACUGGGUUCCCUUCGUGUUGGCUCCUGCUCCGAUGUUGUUGUGGACCAUGCCUCGAAGGUGAAGCUGCCAUGGACAUCAAAGGGCGCAGGGGCUGAAACCUAUGCCCGCUACCGUUACCCAGGAUCACUGGACCAGAGUCAGCUGGCCAAACAUCGCCUGCUUUUCUUCAAACACCGGCUGCAGUGCAUGACUGCUGAGUGACUGAUUCGGGCCUUCCCACUGUCAGGCUGGGCCUGCCUCCUCUUCCCUGCCAGGAAUUCCCAGCAACCCCUCCAACCCCUGAGCACUGAUGAGCACCCUGCCUUCCCGGCCCUCUUUCCACCAGUCUGAUCCCUAACAGGGGCUUGUCCUGGUGACACCCUUCCUUUCUAUGAGUGAACAGAGGCCUGAUGAGCCUCUCCUCACCACAGCCAGUGCCAAGUCUUCCCCCAACCCCAUUCCUAUGGGGCAGGAGUGGGGGGUUCACUUUCCAAGUGCCAAAGAGCCCGGAAGGACUCUAAGACCCUAAAGUGGAAACACUCUCACCUCCUGAGGGGGCAGAAAAACUCCCAAUGUGCAGCCGCAGGGAUGUGUCCCCCCCCCCCAGCUCUGGAUCCAGAACCGCGUGUACCGGCUCCAACACACCCCACAGAAAGCACUGUGACUGGAGUUCUGUGGGGCUGGUGAACACACGGUGAAAGCCA